GUGAACUGUUGAGAAGUUUCGUCUUUUGUGUGCUGAGUAUGUGUUUGCGCUGUGACAAGUAAUGCGGAACUUGAGCCGCACAGUCGGCAUGUUGUAGUGGUAGCUUCCUAUUUACAGAAGGUUUUUCAAACGGGUUCACACCGAGACUGUCCGCAGGACUCUGCGCACUGACAGUAAAUGUUUCUGCUGAGAGCAGGUCAGCAGCUGUGAAAAUGAAGUUUAACGGGUAUCUAAAGCUUCGGAUCGGAGAGGCGCUGAACCUCAAACCAACAACCUUCUCCACGCGCCACUCUGUCAUCUUCAACAAGGCUACCACAGCCCUGGACCCCUACAUUGUGGUGAAGGUGGACGACUACAAAAUUGGACAAACUCAUACCAAACAGAAAACCAACAUUCCCACCUACAACGAGGAGUUUUGCCUAAACGUGAACGAAGGAAAACAGAUAGAACUGGCAGUUUUCAACGACACUCCAAUCGGAUAUGAUGACUUUGUGGCCAACUGCACAAUCCUGUUCGAGGACCUCAUCAAAACCUCCAAUACAGGGGAGACCUUUGAAGGAUGGAUGGACUUGGAGCCAGAGGGCAAGGUCUAUGUCCAUAUCACACUCACUGGAUCCUUCAUUGAUGAUGAUGCAAUAGUGAAGGAGAAGACCUACAAGCAGUUUACAAGAACGCGGCAGGGGGCCUUGAGACGGAGGAUCCACCAGGUCAACGGACAUAAGUUCAUGUCCACUUUCCUUCGUCAGCCCACCUUCUGUUUUCACUGCAAGGAGUUCAUUUGGGGUGUUUUUGGAAAGCAGGGUUACCAGUGUCAAGUGUGCACCUGUGUAGUUCAUAAACGAUGCCACCAGCUUGUGGUUACUGUGUGUCCUCGCAUGAAGAAGACAGCAAAAGAGCAGCCUAUGAACCAAGGCUUUAGCAUCAACGUCCCUCAUAAAUUUAACAUCCAUAACUACAAGUCGCCCACCUUCUGUGACCACUGUGGCUCCCUGCUGUGGGGAAUCGUCAGGCAGGGGCUGCACUGUAAAAUGUGCAAAAUGAAUGUUCAUAUCCGCUGCAAAGGCAAUGUUGCUCCCAACUGUGGGGUCAAUAGUGUGGAACUGGCCAACAAGCUGGCAGAGAUGGGUCUGCAGGCUGGAGGACUCUCCAAACGUAACACAAUGGUCAAAAGUUCAGAGGAGACUAAGUCAUCUUUUAAGAGGAGCGAGAGUGUAUGCUCUGACGUUCAACAGCAGGUCCCUCGACUGGGAAUUUCCAACUUCACAUUCCUUCAAGUCCUUGGUAAAGGCAGCUUUGGCAAGGUGAUGUUGGCAAGACUAAAUGGGAAAGAUCGUGUUUUUGCCGUCAAGGUGUUGAAGAAGGACAUCAUUUUGCAGGACGAUGAUGUCGAGUGCACCAUGACAGAAAAGCGGGUACUAUCCCUGGCUCGCUGUCAUCCGUAUCUUACACAGCUGUACUGUUGCUUUCAGACAUCGGAUCGUCUCUUCUUCGUGAUGGAGUUCGUUAAUGGAGGUGAUCUCAUGUUCCACAUCCAGAAGUCCAGGAAGUUUGAAGAAUCCAGGGCACGUUUCUACACAGCAGAGAUCACUUCUGCUCUCAUGUUCCUGCACAACAAAGGCAUCAUUUACAGAGACCUAAAACUGGACAAUGUCCUUCUCGACAAAGAUGGUCACUGUAAGCUGGCAGAUUUUGGGAUGUGCAAGGAGGGCAUAUUUGAAGGCGUGGCCACAGGGACUUUCUGUGGGACGCCAGAUUACAUUGCUCCUGAGAUCCUGCAGGAGAUGCUGUAUGGCCCGUCUGUUGAUUGGUGGGCGCUCGGGGUGCUGCUGUAUGAGAUGCUGUCAGGACACGCCCCCUUUGAGGCAGAAAAUGAAGACGACCUCUUUGAAUCAAUCCUCAAUGAAGAGAUUGUUUAUGCGUCUUGGCUCAGCACAGAGGCUGUCGACUUUCUCAAAGCUCUCUUGACCAAAAACCCUGCGCGGCGUCUUGGCUGUGUGGCGUCAGAAGGUGGUGAAAACGCUGUGACCAGCCACGCCUUCUUUGCCAAUAUCGAUUGGGAGAAACUAAAUCGUAAAGAAGUAGAGCCGCCAUUCAAGCCAAGGAUUAAAACACCAGAGGAUGUCAACAACUUUGACCCAGAUUUCACUCAGGAAGAGCCCACCCUCACACCCAUCGAUGACUCUGUGAUCCCUUCCAUCAACCAGGAGGAGUUUAGAAACUUUUCCUUCACUUCACCUGAUCUGCUUGAGAUUUAAGAACCUCAGCCAUCUUCUAGUGUCAUUCUUCUCAGCUUUCUCUGGUUUAUCUUAAGAAGUCCCCUGUAAUUUGUACAGAACAGCAUUGCCACAAUCCCCUGAAAUGUGAGUUUGGAAAAAAGCCAAGGAGUCAAACACAGCUUGUCAAGAACUAACUCUCAGAAUUCCAGACAAAAUAGCAUAUGACCAGCUUUUGAAAGUAAAUUUGGUUUUGACUGUCAUGUCGCUUAAUUCAUGCAUUCAUAAAAUUGUCUUAAGGAUGUAUUUUGUAUGCUGUUAUAAUUGUUUUGCUUCCUUUUACUUAAAAUGAAAAAGCACUUUAAAAAUG